AUGGCAAGAAAUAAUUUAACAGGAGGUGGAGUACAAAUGGAAACAUAUCAAGAACUGUUAUGUUCCCCCUCUUUGGCAAGCGAAUUACAACAGCACUCAAUUUAUCUCGCAUUGGUAAAUGUAAUCCUCUCUCUCACUGCAAUUCUUGGUAACUUUCUAAUCCUUGUUGCCCUUCGUAAAGAAUCUUCCCUACAUCUGCCAUCCAAACUUUUGUAUCGUUGUCUGGCAAUAAGUGAUCUUUUGGUUGGUCUCGUUAGCCAGCCUCUCUAUGCUAUUUAUUGGAUAUCCAUAGCUAACGAACACUGGAACCUUUGUCGAUACACAAGGGACGCCACUUACGUAACCAUCUACGCAUUUUGUGGGGUAUCUUUAGAGACAAUGACGGCCAUAACUAUUGACAGACUUCUUGCGCUGUUGUUGGGGCUGAGGUACAAACAAACUGUAACUUUGAAGCGCGCAAGUAUUAUUUUAGCUGCCGUUUGGGUUUUAUGUGGUGUCGCUGCUCUAUGCUACAUUUUAGAUUACCGUAUAACCUUAUGGUGUGGAUUUAUUGGUGUUCCAUCUUGUUUACUGAUCUCAAUGGUCUCGUACAAAAAGAUAUUUCGCACCCUUGUUCAUCAUCAGGCACAAGUUCAAGUUCAUGUUCAACUACAGUCAAGUCAACCAAAUUCACUGAACAUUUCGCGAUACAGAAAGGCGGUGUAUAGUGCACUGUGGGUGCAGUUAGCAUUAGUUGCUUGUUAUGCACCGAGUACCAUUCUUGAAAUUCUGAACGUUCACAAGAGAAUAUUUUCACCACAACUCUUUGUCAGCAGAGGAAUUGCAGUCACCUUUCUUUACUUUAACUCGACAUUAAAUCCAUUUCUUUACUGCUGGAAGAUUAGUGAAGUAAGACAAGCAGUAAAGCAGACAAUCAGGCAAGCACUUUCCUGUCCAUGGAGUUAA